GGCAUUGAGCACCCUGUUCAAACUCCAUGACAGAAAUCGCUGGUCUGGUGGAGGGGCCAGAUUGGAUGCCCCCUUCAAAAAACAAGCAAUGUGUGGAUGUAGUGAUGCAGAUCCCAGACCUGAAAUCUUUAGCACCGAAGCCAAUGUAGAGACCUGUCUUCUUAGGGUAUUGGCCCUAAGAUGAAGCUCCCUUCCUGCUUGCAGAAAAGCCAGAACCUCUGGCACUCUCGCAGACAGCAGGUCCAGAUGUUUGUGGGCCGACCAUCAGGAGAAGGCCGACCAAGUCAUGGUCUGAUAGAACUGCUGAGUUGAGAAUACGGAGGGGGCAAUGAUGGUGUCAUGAACUGAUUUUGCAUAGCCCUUGAUGAUUAGGAUUCCGCGCUCAACAUCCACGCGCAGAGCUGGAACCACUCUGGAUCUGGAUACUGCAGCGGGCCCUGACAUAAUAGGUCUCUCCGCAGAGAAAGACGCCAUGCAGGUUGGCCAGCGUAGUGAACUAGCUCCGAGAACCAUGGUCUUCUUGGCCAAUGUGGGGCCACCAGAAUCAACCUUGCCCUUUCCACUACCAUCUUUCGGAUGACUUUGGUUAUGAUGGCUGUGGGUGGAAAGGCAUAUAACAGACCUUUUGGCCAGGGAACUAUGAGGGUGUUGACCACUUCUGUCUGGGGCGACUGGAAUCUGGAGAAGAACUGAGGGACAUGGUGACUGAGAUGGGAAGUGAAUAGAUCCCAGUGGCCCAAACACUGGGCUAUCGGGAAACCCAAAAGGAACAGCACAACUCCUCCUCUGCCACAUAUCUUGUUGUCUGGGAUGGGGAAUGUGCAUGUCCCCACCACCUUUUCUUGAUUGCUGCCCUUCCCAGCACCAUGUUCAUUUCUAUGGAACAAGGGGAAAUAUCUGUUAACAGGGAAAACCCCUUGAGGGGAGAACAUAAUUGUUCUUCACCUUCCAACAAAAUGCCAUGUGGUGGUUCUGGUUGGGAAUUAACUUUCACCCAGUGCAGCAAAAUCACUUGAGCCCAUUGAAUUCUGCUGCCUUACUUAAUCACUCAUGCUUUCUAUUGGGUUGGGCCAGUCAUAUGGUCCUGCUUAUGAAGUAUGAAUCACCACUCCUCAGUAACAGAUAUCAUUGUUAAUUUCCUUUUAUUCUGUUGCCUUAGCAAACAUCCAAAAGUCCUUCCUCCUGCUUCCGUGGCAGAUCUGACGCUAUUCCCUAGGGGCAGCAGUUGAGAAAAUAAAUAAUUUGUUGAAACAAACCAGACGAUGGCAGGAUGCAGUGAUUUUAGUAAUUCCCUUGCCUGUGCAGACCUGUAUCUUUGUGUAAGAUGCACUAAGCUUCCAUUCAAAGCUGAAAAUAGUAAAGAAUUCAAAACUUUGUUUCCGCUGUUGUGAAUCUUAACUGCCACCAGUGGGUGUGGGCAGGGGAUUACAAAAGGCAUGAUGAUGGCAAGAAGGUAACGCCCAUUCCAAGGCCUGCAACAUUCUAUCUGAUCUGAUCACAGGUCAGAAUGAUAUAGAUCCUGCUCGGUUUCCUGGAGAGAUUCAUGAUGUUCUCAGACGAGGCAGCUGUAAAACUUCAAGGAGAACUUUCUUGCUCCAUCUGCCUGGAGUAUUUCAGUGAUCCAGUGUCAAUACACUGUGGGCAUAACUUCUGCCAUGCUUGCAUCACCAAAUACUGGGACCUAAUGAAGAAAAAGGCCUUCCCUUGUCCUCGAUGCAGAGAAACUAGCAGGAAGAAAAUCCUUAAGCCAAACAGGGAGCUGAAGAACAUUGGUGAAAUAGUACCAAUGCUGAAUGUAAAAGAAAGAGGAGAGAGAAUGUGCAAGAGGCACCAAGAGCCCCUGAAACUCUUUUGUAAAGAUGACCAAACGCCCAUCUGUGUGGUGUGUGACAAAUCUAAAGAACACCAAGAUCAUAUGGUACUUCCCAUGGAGGAGGCCGCUCAGGAUUACAAGAAACAAAUCCAGGAUCAGCUGCAGCAUAUGAAGCAACAAAAAGAAACACUUCUUGGAUUUAGAGAUAUGGAUGCAGCAAGGAGCAAGGAGUCUGUGGAAACAAUAAUAUUUGAGAUUCAGAAAACGACAUCUGCUUUUAAGCAUAUCCAGCAGUUACUUACUCAACAGAAGCAUUUGUUGUUGGCUGAGUGGAAAUCACUGCAAAUGACAACUGUGAAGAGGCAGGAAGAACACACCAGCAAGUUUUCAGAGGAUGUAGCCCACCUGGACAGCCUCAUUGCAGAGGCAGAAGAGAGAUGCCAGCAGCCACCAACUGAGUUUUUACAAGAUGUAAAAAGCACUUUGACAAGGUUCAAGAAGAGGAAAUUUGAGGGAUCAAUGAAGACUUCUUCUGAACUGGAACAAAGCCUUGAUUCUUUGAUUAGAAAAAAUAUUGCAGUAGCCGAAACGCUGCAAAAAUGUGAAGACACUCUGUCUGAAAUUGAUAGAGGCCAGUGGGAAUCUCUAGUGGAUUCUGGAACAGCAACAAGUAGCAAAGAUACUUUGCCAUUUGAAGUGAGGAAAGAAGAGUCCAGUUCUCCAGCUAUGAAAAGAAAAAUGGUUAAGGUUAUUACUGAUCCACAUACAAAUAAAUUUACCCUUCAAGACCAGAGAGCAACUGUUAAACCUGACCAUGUUCUGGACAGCAGAACAUCCUCCCGAACUGUCUCUCAGGCUGAUAAAAGGUUUUCGAUGGGAGAUGAAAUCACCUGUAGUGUCAUACACCUCUGUGAAUCUGCCUUCUCCUGAACCACUUUCCAGUUUGGAUAGAAGAGGUAUUGUCUGAAAGGUAUGGAGGAUGGAAGGGCAAUGACGUAUGUUUGGGGGACUGAUAACCUUUCACCAAGGAGAGAGCCCCACCCCCCACGCUUGUGCCCCUUCUCCAUAAGAUCUGCAUAAGGGUACAGCAUUGCUUUCCACUAGUGGUAAGGACAUAUCAGUACCUUUUGAAAUCAGCACGCUUUACUUUAGGGAUGUGUGUGAACCAGUUCAGAGGCCCUUUUAUGGACCUCUGAACUGGUUCAAAAGUCCGCUGGUUUGGCCAGCUCGAAGGUGGGGGCAGGGGAUAGCUUUAAGGACCAAGAAGAGUGCUCUUCUCCCCCCCCCCCCCGGUGUUUCCCCCGCUGGCGCUAUGGUUUAAAACAGUCCCGCAGGGCAGUAGCGUACCUCCUUGGCGCCUCAGUGCUUGGUGGACCGGAAGUGCCACCAAGAUGUCAUGCUUGCACACGCACUUCACACACACACACACUGGGUACUUCCGGGCCACCAUGCAGCUGGGCGGCAGGGAGGUAUGCUGCCACCCUGCGGGAACAUUUUAAAGCACAGCGCCGGUGGGGGAAACAUGGCGGCAGGGUGGGCAGGAAGGUAAGAGUACCCUCUCCUUAAAGCUAUCACACACACCCCACCUUCAAACCAGCAGUCGCCAGUUCCAUGCACAUCCCUACUUUACUUUAGUCUUCACAUUCAUCUCAGAUCUAUUUGCAUGCCUGGCAACCAACACACUUCAUAUAGAAGUGCAGGGAAAAGAUUACAUAGGAACACAGGAAGCUGCCUUAUACCGAGUCAGAAAACAGCUUUUUCUAGCAAGAACCUGGUAGUAAAGGAGCCCUUUUAGAUUACAGAGGAAACCACCAACCAUUGAUCCAUCUAGUUCAAUAUUGACCUCCUGGGCUUCUGUAGAUUCUAACCAUUCUUGAUCUGGACCUGCAGUCUCAGCCAGCCAGUCCAUUGCUCUAGCUCUUGCUCUUGUUCUCCCCUCCAGAUAAUUGCCUGACCUAUGCCCUGUAACUCCCUCACGGGCUCAACUUCACCUGGAUUGGACACUGUCUUCUGUUUGAUUGUUUUUGCUGUUCCUCAGUAUUAAAGUUGCCACCUCUCUUCUGUUUUGUAUCUCUUCUGUUAAGAUUUAAAUGGAUUUAUAUUUGAUUUGGGUUGGUUGGUUGGUUGAGUUAGAUAUUGUAACCUGCUUUGAGUCUCUUUGUAAUAGAAAGGCAGGAUAGAAA